AUGACAGUUCCAGAAUCGUUACAAAAUCGAAGCCAAACUCACCAAUAUGUGUUAAAGAUCUUCAGAGUUCUCAUCGCUGAUCUAGUUCAACAGUUCAAUGGGGGGCACCCUGGAGGGGCAAUGGACAUGGCGGCCAUCGGAAUUGCCUUGUUCAAAUAUGUGAUGAAAUACUCCCCUUCUAAUCCCGAUUAUUUCAAUCGCGACCGGUUUGUUCUCUCCAACGGACACACUUGUUUAUUUCAGUAUGCGUUCCAACACCUUGUUGGCUACAGCCAUAUGACUAUGGAGCAGUUGAAGACGUACCAUUCGUCGGAGUUGGAGUCGUAUUGUCCUGGCCACCCAGAAAAUGAAUUUCCAGGAAUUGAGGUGACUACUGGAGCCUUGGGGCAAGGAAUUUCCAACUCGGUAGGUUUGGCCAUAGCUUCAAAAAAUUUACUGGCUACUUAUAACAGGCCAGGAUUUGAAGUCAGCUCUGGUCAUAUUUUUUGUAUGGUGGGAGAUGCUUGCUUGCAAGAAGGAGUUUCUCUUGAGGCUAUCUCUUUAGCAGGUCAUUUGGGCUUGAACAACUUGACAGUCAUCUAUGAUAACAAUCAGAUCACUUGUGAUGGUUCUGUGGACUUGACAAAUACAGAGAAUAUCAAGAAGAAGUUUGAGGCUUGCAACUGGCAGGUGUUAGAAGUUCAGGAUGGUUCCAACGAUGUGGACGGUAUAAUUGAGGCUUUGGAGACUGCUAAAAAGUCCGAGGGAAACCCCACUUUAAUCAUUGCCUACACCCAGAUUGGUAUCGACACAAGCGUGGAAGGCCAGGCAGUUGCCCAUGGUGCUGCUUUUGGCCAGUCUGAGGUCGAUAACUUGCACACUUUGUACGGUUUUGACCCUGAAACCAAGUUUUUCGUUCCUGAAACCGUGUACCAGUUUUUCGCUGACGUUGUUCCCAGAGGAAAACAGUUGGAGAAGCAAUGGACUGAGCUUGUUCACGACUACAGCCUUCAAUAUCCUGAGUUGGCGUUGGAGUUUGAAAAUAGGCGUUUGGGAAAACUUCCACCCAACUGGCAACUGUUUAUCCCCAACUCGUUCCCAACGACCCCCACUCCCUCCAGAAAGUCGAGUGGAUUGGUGUUCAAUGAAGUGGCCAAAAACGUCAACAAUUUCAUUGUGGGAACUGCUGAUUUGUCCCCUUCUGUGAACUUGAUCUGGAAAGGCAAAACCGAUUUUCAGAAUCCUCGAGUGAAGACCUCCUGUGGAAUAAACGGAGACUACUCAGGAAGAUAUAUCCACUACGGGGUUCGUGAACAUGCUAUGGCCGCCAUUUCCAACGGAAUAGCAGCUUAUAGCCCCAAAACGUUCAUUCCAGUGACAUCCUCAUUCUUCAUGUUCUAUCUUUAUGCUGCUCCAGCUGUCAGAUAUGGAGCCUUAUCACAACUCCAAGUCAUUCAUGUGGCCACCCAUGACUCUAUUGGUAUUGGAGAAGAUGGCCCUACGCACCAUCCAAUUGCGUUGGCAAGUCUUUAUAGAUCCAUGCCCAACAUGCUUUAUAUAAGACCCUGUGACUCUACUGAAGUGGCAGGUGCCUGGGAGCAUGCCAUAGAGGCAGACAAUACCCCCACCAUCAUCUCCCUCUCGAGGCAUAACCUUGAACAGUAUCCUCAAUAUUCAAGAAAAGAUAAGGUUCGGUUGGGUGCUUAUAAGUUCAUAGAGAAUGCUGGGGCCGUCAUCAAUAUCAUUUCCACAGGAUCGGAGAUGCAGUUUGCGGUGGAAGCAUCCCAGGUCUUGGCUCAAAAGGGGAUCAUUGCCAAUGUGAUCUCGUUCCCCUGUCAGAGGCUCUUUGAGAAGCAGCCUCUUGAGUAUAAAAGAAGUAUUUUGAACAGAGGGAAAGUGCCAUCCGUGGUGGUUGAGGCAUACGCUGUCAACGGCUGGGAACGGUAUGCUACUGCUGGAAUCAACAUGUCGACCUUUGGAAAGUCCUUACCAGGGAAAAUGGCUUAUGAAUAUUUCGGGUUCAACUCCGAGCGUAUUGCUGCCAAAAUUGAGAAAUACUAUGAGGACUGGAAGCAGGACGAGAGUUUACGUUUCGAGUUCCAGGACUUGAACUAGGCAACUUCUAUAUAAGAGGUGUUUUUAGUGUUCCUUUUAUAUACACAUUGGUCUUUUUACAACUAUGUUGGUUUGAAAUGGCCCAAGUUUUGUUACAAAA